UUAUGUUCUCUCUCACCCGCCCUAGGGCUGGAGACAGAAUGGGAGGCGUCUUUAGACUCCCCUUUCCCCCAAAAAAAUUAAAGAGAGGAAGUGAACCUUCCUUGCUAGGCCGCCUUUCCUCUUCCCCUGGGUUCCUGACAGUACGCUCCCUGGUCGCGGGUUAACGAGACUGUGCUCAGGUCCCUCCUAUUUCCUUUUGGCCCAAACGCACUGGGGAAGUACUUUUGCGUACAGAGAAAGGAGACUGGCCUAAAUCCGCCUUGCUCGGCGGCGUGGGAAAAGGAGGAGGAGGCGUGUCUCAGAACCUUCUGCUGCUUCUAGCCCGGCAAUCCUCUAAGAAAAGCGCCCAAAUGAGAGUGGGUCGCGGCGGCCUACGGACCCAGCUGAAGAAACAUUCAGUCCUGAAAAUAGCGACUCGGUAUCAUGGCCGGCAGCCCUAAUGAAGAUCCAGAAGGAAGCAGAAUCGUGUAUGUGAAAGGAGACCUUUUCGCAUGCCCUAAAACAGAUUCUCUAGCCCACUGCAUCAGUGAGGAUUGCCGCAUGGGCGCUGGUAUAGCUGUCCUCUUCAAGAAGAAAUUUGGAGGAAUGCAGGAACUGUUAAAUCAACAAAAGAAAUCUGGAGAAGUGGCUGUUCUGAAGAGAGAUGGGCGAUAUAUAUAUUACUUGAUUACAAAGAAAAGGGCUUCACACAAGCCAACUUAUGAAAACUUACAGAAGAGCUUAGAGGCCAUGAAAUCCCAUUGUCUGAAGAAUGGAGUCACUGACCUCUCUAUGCCCAGAAUUGGAUGUGGUCUUGAUCGUCUGCAAUGGGAGAAGGUAUCUGCAAUGAUUGAAGAGGUAUUUGAGGCAACAGACAUCAAAAUUACUGUGUAUACACUCUGAACAGAUGAGCAUUCUGGAUGUGUCCGUGUUCUCCUGUGUGAUCCCUGCUGGGCCAUAGGACUGGACAAGCAGACCUUAAAAUGGACAGAGGAAACUUUCAUGUGAAAAAGCCUGUUUCACAGGCCAGGCUUGGGUUGCAUCUUCCAAUGGUCAGCCUGGGAUUCUGGAGGAUGGAUUAUUUGGGAUAUGUUGCUCUCUUUUUUUGUGGGGAGGUAAGGAGUAGGUGGCCUGACAUUAGUCAGGGGGACUGGAUAGUUGGGCCUGUAACCUGUUUGCUCCAGUAUGCUACCUGAGUUACUUGGCUGGCCGGUAGAGGGCAGUAUUGAUUCUACUUCUCUGCUUUUUAAGAGAAAUUUCAAGGAGGAUGAACAUUUCAAUUAGUUUGGUAUCUUUUUUCAUUUGUACACUUACUUGGUGUUAUCUUUAUUUCAUCACAUUCAUCCUAGGAGAGAAUUAGGGGUUGUUUUGUUUUUGUUUUAAUUACAAAUUUGAGUUCUGUGUUUCUAAUAAGGAAUGUGUGGUAACAAAAAUGGAAAAAUAAAUAUCUUUUUCUUGGGGUCCAGUGA